CAAGAAGAUCAUAAAGGUAAAACCACUCAUUCUCUCUUUCGCUAAAGCUCUCCAAAAGAAGAAGAAGAAGAUAACAUGGCGACAAGCGCAUCUGCUCUGCUCACACCCACAACUUUCUCCACUGUAAUCUCCCAGAAAAACCCAAACUCCAUCUCAUUCCACGGCCUCCGUCCUCUCCGCCUGGGUGGCUCCUCCUCCUCCUCCUUACCCAAGCUAUCCACCACCGCCGGAAGAAGAUCUUCCUCCGCCGUCGUGAGAGCCGAGCUCAGCCCAUCCGUCGUUAUAAGCCUCAGCACUGGUCUCUCCCUCUUCCUUGGUCGGUUCGUCUUCUUCAACUUCCAGAGAGAGAAUGUGGCCAAACAGGUUCCGGAGCAGAACGGCAAAACCCACUUCGAAGCCGGAGAUGAUCGUGCCAAGGAAUACGUCAGCCUCUUGAAAUCGAACGACCCUGUUGGAUUCAACAUCGUCGAUGUUCUUGCUUGGGGUUCUAUUGGUCACAUCGUUGCUUACUAUGUCUUGGCCACUUCUAGCAAUGGCUACGAUCCUAGCUUCUUUGGCUGAUUCUCUCCCUUGUUUAUGUACUUGUAUCUCAAGCUACCUAAUGUUUUCUCUUAUCUAUGUUUCUUCCACCUCUAUUGUUAUUGUCUAGAACAUUAAUCUCUCUUCGUUGCAACAUUUAAAAAUAUUUCGUCAUCUAGAGAUA